CGGUCGGCCAAGGCUGGCGCUUCCAGUGCGUCUUGAGCCGGCGCUUUGCACUCCACACACAGAGGGAUGGCCCUCGCGAUGCGGCGCAGCUGGUGCGGCUGCUCGUUGAAGGCGGGUUCUAUAAUCACGGCCUUCCUCUUCACGGCAGGCAGCCUCUGGGAGAUCAUGGACGCCACCUGGAUGAUCUCGGUCGGCCACCCUACGGAAUUCGGUGAAGAUGACCAGCAGACGACGGCGAUAGCGAUGCUGUGUCUGGGAACCAUCGUCCUCGCCACCAGCAUAGCCCUUCUCGUCGCCUCCAUCAAGGAGCGGCCCGGACCGCUGCUGGUGUUCGUGGCGGUGAACGCUGUGGUGGGGGCCCUGCACGCGGCCGUGCUGCCCCUCGAGGUGGUGGCGCUGUUCAGCGAGGGACACCCGCGCGACGCGUGGGCGCUGCUCGUCGUCGCUGUCGCCGGCGUCGACACAUUGCCUUGUGUUCUAUGUCAAUAA